GCCAUCAGCCCACAUCAUCCUGGGCCCAUGCAGCGGCAUGCCGCUGCCCGCGAUACUUAAUGACCUGCGUGCACUGCAGUCCUCAUCGCAUACUCAUCCAUCAUGCUGCGACGACUGGGAACCAGCUCUCUCGCGCGCUCGGCGAUGCGCCCCGCCGCCGCCCGGGUCAAUGCCCCGCUCCGCCCAUCCCUGCUCCGACCGUCCCCGCUCCGCUCGGCGGUUCCCUCGGCGCCGGGGCGGCGCCACCUCUCCCUGCCGGCCGUGAACGACGCGCUUUCCCCCGCCAACAUCCCCACGUCCCAGCUCCCGCCGUCGCAGCAGCCCGGCGCCGCAAAAGACCUGCCGGAACACGCGGUGAUCUCGACCUUCGACCUGUUCUCGGUGGGCAUCGGCCCGUCGUCGUCGCACACGGUCGGGCCGCAGCGCGCAGCCAAGAUCUUCACCCACUCGCUCCCGCGGCCCAUGUUCGACCACAUCCACUCGCUCAAGGUGUCGCUGCACGGCUCGCUCGCCGCGACGGGCAUGGGGCACAUGACGCCGCACGCCGUCCUCCUCGGCCUGAUGGGCGAGGACCCCGAGACGGUCGAGGUCGGCCGGCUCGGCGUAGUCAUCGACGAAGUGCGGGCGGUGGGGCAGAUUGACUUGGGGCUCGACGGGGGCGAGCACCGCCGCGUCCGCUUCGACUUUGACAAGGACUUGACAUGGCACCUGAAUCCCCUGCCGGCGCAUCCGAACGGCAUGACGUUUACGGUGUUUGAUGCCGAAGGCAACAUGCUCGCGACGAACCAGUACUUUUCGAUCGGCGGCGGGUUCGUGGUCAACAACGAGACACAGGUAGCGGAAAACAUGUACUACCGCGACAUCCACAGCGGGCACGCGGAGGAGUCGAGGCGCGAGUUCUCCACGAGCCGCGGCGAGCCGAUCGUUGCCAUCACGGACAAGGGCACGGACGGGCCCGGCACUGAGGCCGCACUGUCCCACCGCCCCAAGUUCCUCUUCGCGACCGCCGAGGAGCUGCACAACAUUUGCGUGGAGCACAACAUGACGAUCGCGCAGGUCAUGUGGGAGAACGAGCGCGCGUUCCGCACAGAAGAGGAGAUCGAGGCUGGCCUGCUGCACCUGUGGGAGACGAUGGACAGCUGCAUCCGCGCGGGCGUGACGACGACCGAAACGCACCUCCCCGGCGGGUUGAACGUCAAGCGCCGCGCACCGGGCCUCUACCGCCGCCUGCAGCAGGGCUUCUACCCGUCGAUGCCGGUGCCGAAGGCGCACGGCGUGGGCGCCGGCACGGCGCUCGACAAGCCUGAGCGCCCGACGCGCAUCGGCCGCGUCGAGCAUCCCGUCGAGAUCGUGCCGCUCUCCACGCGCCCCGUCUUCCCCGGCAUCGAGUAUCUCUCGUGCAUGGCGAUCGCGGUGAACGAGGUGAACGCGAGCGGCGGGCGCGUCGUCACUGCUCCCACGAACGGCGCGGCCGGCGUCAUCCCCUCCACGCUCAAGUAUACGCUCGAGUACAUCUCGACGCAGCCGCGGCGGGACACGAUGAACUUUCUGCUCACGGCGUCGGCGAUCGGCAUGCUCUUCAAGCGCGGGGCCACAAUUUCCGCCGCCGAGGGCGGGUGUAUGGCCGAAGUCGGCGUCGCGUGCUCCAUGGCCGCGGCGGCGCUCGCGUCCAUCCUCGGCGCGGAGCCCGCGGUUAUCCUCCAAGCGGCGGAGAUCGGCAUCGAGCACAACCUCGGCCUUACGUGCGACCCGCUCGGCGGCCUCGUGCAGAUCCCCUGCAUCGAGCGCAACUCGCUCGGCGCCGUCAAGGCUGUCACGGCUGCACAGCUCGCCAUGGCCGCCAGUGGCGAGCAUACCGUGUCGUUGGACGACGCGAUCGAGGCGUGUCGCACAACCGCCAUGGACAUGCACUCGCACUACAAGGAGACGUCGUUGGGAGGGCUUGCCGCCAGCGUCAAGAUUCCGCUUUCGUCGCCCGCGUGUUAGACAACAUGACUGCAUGGACAGGGGAGCUGAGACCGGCGCGACUGCAAGAGGACGAUGCUGUGUGUGAUGUGUGGUACAAUGGACUAGCCUAGUGUCAUCAUGUAAAAAAUGUAUUGCUGCAAUAAGACGCAUGUGCGUAUGAGCGCUUAUGUCC